GUCCCCUCCUGGGUCCCCUCCAAACCUGCUCCAGGCACCACGCCCCCUCCCACUGACCGGCGGCUGUUCUUUUGAUGUCCCGGCCCGCCCUUACGGUGACCUUUGACCCGAGACCUAGAGGGUCUUCUGGCGCUUAGAGUGGACCUGCAGCAGCAGAUCAUGACCAUCGUGGACGAGCUGGGAAAGGCCUCUGCCAAGGCCCAGCACCUUUCUGCUCCGAUUACCAGUGCAUCGCGGAUGCAGAGUAACCGCCAUGUUAUUUAUGUGCUCAAAGACACCUCAGCCCGACCGGCUGGAAAAGGAGCCAUUAUUGGUUUCCUCAAAGUUGGAUAUAAGAAGCUCUUUGUACUGGAUGAUCGUGAGGCUCACAAUGAAGUGGAACCGCUUUGCAUCUUGGACUUUUACAUCCAUGAGUCCGUGCAGCGCCAUGGCCAUGGGAGGGAGCUCUUCCAGUAUAUGUUGCAGAAGGAGCGCGUUGAGCCACACCAGCUGGCCAUCGACCGACCCUCGCAGAAGUUGCUGAAGUUCCUGAAUAAGCACUACAACCUGGAGACCACAGUCCCGCAGGUGAACAACUUCGUGAUCUUUGAAGGCUUCUUUGCCCACCAACAUCGGCCCCCCGCUGCCUCUCUGAGGGCAACUCGACACUCUCGGGCUGCUGCAGUUGAUCCUGUGCCCGCUGCUCCAGCACGGAAGCUGCCGCCCAAGAGAGCAGAGGGCGACAUUAAGCCAUACUCCUCUAGCGACCGAGAGUUUCUGAAGGUAGCUGUGGAGCCUCCAUGGCCUCUUAACAGGGCCCCUCGUCGGGCCACGCCUCCAGCCCACCCACCACCCCGCUCCAGCAGCCUGGGGAACUCGCCAGAACGGGGUCCCCUCCGCCCCUUCGUGCCAGAGCAGGAGCUGCUGCGUUCCCUGCGCCUGUGCCCCCCACACCCCACCGCCCGCCUCCUGCUGGCUACCGACCCCGGGGGCAGCCCAGCCCAGCGCCGCCGCACCAGAAAGCUCUCCUCUCCUGACGUGGGCUCCGACACCCUCCUACAGACAGCCCGCCGUUGCCAGAUCCCUCCUGGGCGGCUCGUUUUAGCACCUAGAGAAGCACACGCACUGUGGACUCUGGACUCCGUGGAGGGCCAAGGGCUUCCUGUGUCUAGGAAACCUUUUAGGGAGUCCUGCCCAUAGCAUAACCCAGACCCCCAGCUCCGGGUGGUGCUCAGAGUGCUGCUUGCUGCCCUCCACACUUGGUCAGCCUGCCAAUGCCAGCUGACGAGUGCCCGUGUCCAGACAGUCCAGGUCGUAGGUCAGGGACCUGCAGCUCCCCACAGGGACCGACAUUGCCAAACUCCAGUUCCCGUGUGUAUGUGUGUGUGUGCGUGAGGGAGCCCCAACCAUCGGUACUGUGGUAUCUCUGAAGGAGACACCAACACCACCGUUUCCCCCACAUCCCGAUUCUCCGAGGACGUUUGUGUUUUGGCAGGAGAUCCCAGCCAGUACCUUGGGAUCACUCUUAGCCGUGUUUCAGAAGAAAAGCGGAUCUGCUAGAUCCUAGAAUCCCUCUCCUCUCUGUCCCUCCCCGGUAGCUAGAUGCUGUAUACUCCUGUCUUGUGAGACCGUCUUGAGAUGGGGACCGUUCUUCCUCUGGCCUGCCUCUCUCCUCCAUAACAAGAACCUCCUUCCCUGCUCCGAUCCUGGGUGUAGAUAGUCUGCCCCUUACCCUCUGAAUGUAUGGUAGAUCAGGUACCCCGGCCCCCGUGUUCCCCAAGUCCUUGGGAGCAGGAUCUCCCUCUCUUCACCUCCUCCUCCCUUUUCCCCCUCUCAGUGUUGUCUGAAUAAAGUGUGAAUUCGUGUUUUCUAAACUGACAUUUUCAAUGAAAAAAAAAAACUAAAAAAAAAGCCAUAAGGUGUCAGCCUCUUUUGUGUGUUCCCCCCAUUUUCCCGGCAUCUCGGAACUCUCGUUCUCAUCCUCCUCGCUUCUGAGAUGAGGAACUGCACCGAGAAGCCGCCACGCUUUCCUUGCAGGAUCUGGUGUCGGCCUCCCCACCUUCAUGGCUGGUUCUUCUGCAGUUUCUGUGUCCUCCCACAUGGCCCGGUCCCUUCCAGGCAGGCUCUGUCCUCCCACAUGCCCUCCAGGAACCUCUGGCUCUCCUCAGUGGCCUCUGCCCGCCCUGUACCACGGCCAGCCCUGCUGAGACGUCGGGCCUUACCAGCAUCUCAGGUCCUGCCUGUGUCCGCGGGCUCCUCCCGCUGCGCCCCGCUAGACCCCGGGGUGUCUCGAGACAGGUGCUCACUCCGUCAAGGUGCAGUGCAGUCUGUCACCCUAUUCCAGACGCAACCUCCCUUCCCCGAAAGGCCUCGUCGCUCCCCAUGUCUUUCUGUCUCAGGUAUCUCAGACUUAGGGUAACCAUGUUUUCCAAGCCACAUAUACAGCCCCCGCCCAGGAAAUUCUUUUUUGUGUGUAUGUGAAUCUUUUAUGACCAUCUGAGUCACGUGGCCAUACAUUUAACAUGCUACCUCAACUAAGAACAUGUCAGGGCUGCUCCGGAACAUGCCGGGGCAUGGAACGAACUCAGCUCCCUAUGGCCGGGGCUCAGCUUAGGUUAGAAGUCCGUCAGGGUGAGACAUGCCUCUCUGUUCCUGUGCCCUCCCUUACUCCUCUCCGGUUCCUCCAUGCCCACCAGCUCUCCUCCUGUAGCCUCUUCCCCAUCAUCUC